AUGCUAUCUACCAAAGUGAUAAGCCUGGUGUCACCCCUAUUUACGGCCUUGCUGUUUGCAUUUAGGUUCUCAUGGGCUGCAUCGUCAGCUCAGGACUAUGCGAUUGCCCCGGAGCUGAUCCCAGGCCUUUCUGCUGUAGAGGACCGUGAUUUGAUACCCGAAAUGCAUGCUGGGCACAUCCCACUAGGCCCGGAAGACGACGUUAACGCCAAGAACUAUUUUUUUUGGAAGUUCCACGACACCUCAGGGCGCAGCAGUUCCCAAGCUCAGAACACCCUUGUUUUCUGGUUGAAUGGCGGCCCCGGCUGCUCCUCCAUGGAUGGAGCGUUGAUGGAGGCUGGCGGUCUGCGCAUUGACUCUUCUGGUAAAGCGUAUUUGAACGAGGGUGCUUGGCAUACGAGGGGCGACAUUGUUUUCGUCGACCAACCUGCAGGAACCGGAUUCUCCACCGUCGGCGCGGACUCCGAGUAUGACACUGACCUGCUUGCCGUUUCGCAGAACUUUCUCACUUUUUUGCAUCGUUACUUCGAAGUUUUUCCCCACGACAUUCAAAAGCAAAUCGUUUUGGCAGGUGAGUCCUAUGCUGGCCAGUACAUCCCUUAUUUUGCACAUGCUAUCUUAGAACAGAACGGUAAAGACGUGGAGAACAACAUUAAGUUGAGUGCCCUACUCAUCGGUAACGGCUGGAUUGAUCCCAAUCAACAAGCCCUGUCAUAUAUUCCUUUCGCACUGGAGAAAGGGCUUAUCGAAAAGACCAAUAAUAAGCUCACGGGCCUGUUAAGUCAACAGGAAAAAUGUCAAAACCAACUCAACUCGAACGACGAGCUCCCUUUUUCGGUGCCUGAAUGUGAAAAUAUACUGACGGAGCUGUUAGAUGUGACUAGAAUUACCGACGGCUCUGACGGUAGAAAAGUCGAUCCCAACCAGGAAUGUCUCAACAUUUAUGAUAUACGACUCAGAGACUCCUUCCCAUCCUGUGGUAUGAGUUGGCCGGGCGAUUUGCCCAAUCUAGCCAAGUUUUUCGGAACCCCAGGUGUUAUGGAAGCGCUCCAUUUGGAUUCCGAGAAGGUCCCGAAAUGGCAUGAAUGUGACGACCAAGUGUCGAAUCAUUUAAGAAACCUUGAGUCCAAACCAUCAAUUCAUAUUCUGCCUCAGAUUUUGGAGUCUGGUAUUGAGGUCAUACUUUUCAAUGGUGAUCAAGAUAUCAUCUGCAACAAUCUCGGAAUAGAAACUCUCAUCAACAGCUUAACGUGGAAUGGUGGGAAAGGCUUUUCUGACAAGGUACAAUAUUACGAUUGGGAGUAUCAAUAUGGGACCGAUUACGAAGUUGCACCUGCUGGUUACGUGAAGUACGACCGGAAUUUGACUUUCAUCAGCGUUUACAAUGCUUCGCACAUGGUACCAUUUGACAACGGGCUCGUCAGCCGUGGAAUAAUGGAUAUCUACUUAAAUGACGUCGAACUGCUUCAAGGCGAAGAUGGCGACAUUUUAGUGAGCCACAUGAUCAAUAACGAUGUCCAAUAUUUGGAACCUACGGUUUCUGUUGAGUAUGAUGACCAAGGUGAAGACGAGGAUUCAAAGGAUCUCGAGGAAAACAACGGUGAUGAAACAAAUGACAAUGGCGACAAUGAAAUGGGAGAGACUAAUGAGCACGGAGGCGACCAAGACGGCAACGAUGACCACAGCAAAGGUGAUGACGAUAAUGAUAAAGAUGACGACGACGAUAACGAUGAUGAAGACGAUGAUGAAGAUAAAGACGAUGAUGAUGAGGACGACGAAGAUGACGAGGACGAUGAGAACGAUGACGAUGAUGGUGAUGAUGAUGAUGAUGAAGACGAAGCUGAUAAUAAAGAUGCUUCUGCAAACAAGCACCAACUACUGAGAGACACUCACAAACUCACUGUGGCCGGUGGGUCAAUAUUGCUUUCUAUGGCUAUUAUUAUAGGUCUUUACUUCACAUUUCGUGAACGAUUCCGUCCUAAACUUCGUGCUAUACUCAUAGAUCCAAAUGGAAGACAGGAGCAGGGCAAGAAAUCGGUGUCGUGGGCAGCAGAUUUGGAGCAGGACGCCGCGGACCUUGUCGAACCGCCACAAGGCUCUCAGAAUAAAAAAGGAUACUCCAAUGUGCCAACACAGGAAUCAAGGGGAUCUUUUGAACUGGAUGAUUUGUAG